UCAUGGAAAUCCACUUUUCCUCCUUCUUUGGGAAGGGGAUGGUUGACAAUGUUCCUAUACUGCAAAUAGACAUGGUAUGGUGCUAUUUCAUGCUUUGAGACAUCUCAUCACUCUCUGUGGCUGGAAUUCAACUGCAAAAGGCCAGAGAAGGGAUUGAGCGUGCUCAUGGAAAGGAUUACUUUCGUGUUAAGACUCCUUCAAGGAGGUUGCUAUCCAGAGAUUGCUUUGCAUUUGUGGUUAGAGCUGUUGGAAGGAGUGGUAGCUUAUCACAGUGGUCAUGUCAAUAAGUCACGAAAAGCAUUGACAUCUGCACAAGAAAAGUUCCUCAUGCUGCAGGUGCCAGAUGAAUCUUUAUCACUAGUCAUGAGCAUGGGCUUCAAGGAGUGUAAUGCCAGGAGGGCACUUCGUAUGACCAACCAAGAUGUUGGGAGUGCUGUUGAUUUUCUAAUCGAGGAAAAGGCUAAGAAAUUACAGAAACGUGAGGGGGAUAUAAAGCGAAGAAAGGAGCUCAGGGGUGUUUCAUAUUGCCCCUAUAUCUUGUCUACUUAUACCUACAAAUUUCUAUGGGUAGCAUAAA